CGGGCAGGAAUGUUCUAGCAGCCGCCGGCAUCACAGCCCCAGAGGACACACAGAGACACCGAGCAAGCUGUGGGCACACACCAGGGGGCAGCUCUCCCUCCAGUGUGUGCGAGAACAGAAGCCAGGAGGAAAGGAGGUGGUAGAGCCCCCUCAUCUGCUUCUGAGAGCCACAGUUAAGCCCCUGCCUGCGAUGCCGGCAUCCCACAGGGCCACUGGUUCGAGUCCCGGCUGCUCCACUUCCAGUCCAGCUCCCUGCACCUGGGAAAGCAGUGGAAGAUGACCCAGGUGCUUGGGCCCCUGCACCUGUAGAGGAGACCUGGAUGUCCUGGCUUCGGACUGACCCAGCCCCGGCUGGGUUGGGGGCAUUUGGGGAGUGAACCAGUGAGUGGAAGAAAGAUCUCUCUCUGUCUCUCUAACUCUGCAAUAAAUAACAGCCCGUCUGAUGAGCGAUGAACGGGCAGGUGCCGUAUGCGGCGUGGAGACGCUUGACACAGUCUGGGUGCACAUCCAGGGCCUGGGCGGAGAGGCCGGCGCCGGGUUUCACCACACUGCUCGGAAUGGCACACCAUUGAGGCUCUCCUUCUAGAAUUGGUCUGGAACUUUCUAGAAUUUUUCAGUGCAUGCUUGACAUUGAGUGACAGCAAUCAAGGAAGACCACUGUAUACUUCCACUCCUGUGAAGAUGGACGCAUGCACCGGCAGCAGUGACCCCUACUGCAUCGUGAAGGUGGACAGCGAAGCCAUCAUCAGGACAGCCACUGUGUGGAAGACCCUGUGCCCCUUCUGGGGUGAGGAGUAUCAGGUGCACCUGCCGCCCACCUUCCACACCGUGGCCUUCUACGUGAUGGAUGAGGACGCCCUCAGCCAAGAUGACGUAAUCGGCAAGGUGUGCUUCACGCGGGACACCCUGGCCUCCCACCCUAAGGGUUUCAGUGGCUGGGCCCACCUGACGGAGGUGGACCCCAACGAGGAGGUGCAGGGCGAGAUCCACCUGCGGCUGGAGGUGGUGCCGGGGCCCCGGGCCCCCCGGCUGCGGUGCUCUGUGCUGGAGGCCAGGGGCCUUGCCCCCAAGGACAGGAAUGGUGCAUCUGACCCCUUUGUCCGUGUGCGCUACAAUGGCCGGACACAGGAGACCUCGAUCGUGAAGAAGUCGUGCUACCCCCGCUGGAACGAGACCUUCGAGUUUGAACUUGAGGAGGGGGCGGCUGAGACGCUGUGCGUGGAGGCCUGGGACUGGGACCUGGUCAGCCGGAACGACUUCUUGGGCAAAGUGGUGGUCAGCGUGCAGAGGCUGUGGGCAGCCCGGCUGGAGGAGGGCUGGUUCCGCCUGCAGCCCGACCAGGCCAAGCGGCGGCGGCAUGAGGGCAACCUGGGCUCCUUGCAGUUGGAGGUGCGGCUGCGGGACGAGACGGUGCUGCCCUCUAGCUGCUACCAGCCUCUGGUGCAGCUGCUGUGCCAGGAGGUGACGCUGGGUGCCCAGGGCCCCGGGCAGCUGAUCCCCAUCAUCGAGGAGACGACGACCACCGAGUGCCGCCAGGACGUGGCCACCAACCUGCUCAAGCUCUUCCUGGGGCAGGGGCUGGCCAAGGACUUCCUGGACCUGCUGUUCCAGCUGGAGCUGGGCCGCACCAGCGAGGCCAACACCCUGUUUCGAAGCAACUCUCUGGCCUCCAAGUCCAUGGAGUCCUUUCUGAAGGUGGCGGGGAUGCGGUAUCUGCACGGCGUGCUGGGCCCCGUCCUUGACAGGGUGUUUGAAGAGAAGAAGUACGUGGAGCUGGACCCCAGCAGGGUGGAAGUUAGAGACGUAGGGUGCUCCGGGCUGCACCGGGCGCAGACGGAAGCCGAGGUGCUGGAGCAGAGUGCGCAGACGCUGCGUGCCCACCUGGGGGCGCUGCUGAGCGCGAUCUGUCGCUCGGUCCGCGCGUGCCCCGCCGUGGUCCGCGCCACCUUCCGCCAGCUCUUCCUGCGCGUGCGCGAGCGCUUCCCCGGCGCCCAGCACGAGAACGCGCCGUUCGUCGCCGUCACCAGCUUCCUGUGCCUGCGCUUCUUCUCUCCGGCCAUCAUGGCCCCCAAGCUCUUCCACCUGCGGGAGCGGCACGCGGACGCCCGCACCAGCCGCACCCUGCUCCUGCUGGCCAAGGCCGUUCAGAACGUGGGCAACAUGGACACGCUGGCGUCCAGGGCCAAGGAGGCGUGGAUGGAGCCUCUGCAGCCCACGGUGCGCCAGGGCGCGGCGCAGCUCAAGGAGUUCAUCACCAGGCUGGUGGACCUCGAGGAGGAGGAGGAGCUGGACCUGCAGCGGUCUCUCAGCCUGCCAGCGCCGCCCGUGAAGGAGGGGCCACUCUUCAUCCACAGGGCCAAGGGCAAGGGCCCUCUGGGCUCCUGCUUCAAGAAGCUCUACUUCUCCCUCACCACCGAGGCCCUCAGUUUCGCCAAGACGCCCGGCUCCAAGAAGAGUGCCCUUAUCAAGCUGGCCAACAUCCAGGCGGCCGAGAAGGUGGAGGAGAAGAGCUUCGGCAGCUCCCACGUCAUGCAGGUCAUCUACACGGACGACGCGGGCCGGCCCCAGACCGCCUACCUGCAGUGCAAGUGUGUGAAUGAGCUGAACCAGUGGCUGUCGGCGCUGCGGAAAGUGAGCUUCAACAACCCGGGCCUGCUGGGCUCCUACCACCCCGGUGUCUUCCGCGGGGACAAGUGGAGCUGUUGCCACCAGCGGGACAAGUCAGACGGGGGCUGCGACAGGACGCGGUCGCGGGUGACCCUGCAGGAGUGGAGUGACCCGCUGGACCACGACCUGGAGGCUCAGCUCAUCUACCGGCACCUGCUGGGCGUGGAGCCUGCGCUACGGGAGAAGUGUCGGGAGCUGACUUGCCCUGGGGAAGCCCCUGAGGGCUCCCUGGCCCGGCUGCUGCGGAUCCUGCAGGACCUGCGCGAGGCCCACGGCGCCCUCCCAGCCAGCACCCUGCCCGCCGAGCCCAGCCGCCUGCUGGCAGUGCAGACCUGAGGCCUGCCCCGCCGUACUGCCUGGUGCCGUGUUCUCGGGCCCUCCGCCUGGUCCCUGGCAUGCAGGAGCCAGGGACGAGAAGCCCUGGAAGUCGGGAGCCGGCGGGGCUUUGCGCAGCAUGGCCGACCUCACGGCUCCGGGGGUCUGGGUCUUUGCCGCCCCGGGCCAGGCUCUCCAGGGACACCCCUCCCCCUGCCUUGCCAAGGGCAAGUCCAGCCCAAAGCCACCGUUGGAGGGUCCCCACCCCACCCCUGCCCAGGUGGGCUGCUCUCCCAGACCCCGGAGACCAGGCCUCCAUCUGAGUGCCCCCUGGUUCCCAGCCCCCAGCCCCAUGCUCCCCUCACUGCCUGGCCCUGUGCUGAGGGUCGCAGUGUUCUGUUGCCGACAAUAAACCUGCCGUGACAGCC